GAGCUUAGGUUUCCUUUAGCAAGUUCCCGUCACAGCAGUUUGAUGACUACAACUUGUUUCUGCUGUUUGAAAACCUAUUAGAUAAUAAGGGAGAUGUUCCUUAUCUACAACUGCCACGGGAUUGGAUAUAUUGGUGCCUCCUUAACUGCCCCGGGAUUGGAUAUAUUGGUGCCUCCUUAACUGCCCCGGGAUUGGAUAUAUUAGUGCCUCCUCAACUGCCCCCGGGAUUGGAUAUAUUAGUGCCUCCUCAACUGCCCCAGGAUUGGAUAUAUUAGUGCCUCCUCAACUGCCCCCAGGACUAAAUAUAUUGGUGCCUCCUUAACUGCCCCGGGACUGAAUAUAUUGGUGCCUCCUUAACUGCCCCGGGACUGAAUAUAUUGGUGCCUCCUUAACUGCCCCGUGACUGAAUAUAUUGGUGCCUCCUUAACUGCCCCGGGACUGAAUAUAUUGGUGCCUCCUUAACUGCCCCAGGACUGAAUAUAUUAGUGCCUCCUCAACUGCUCCGGGAUUGGAUAUAUAAGUGCCUCCUCAACUGCCCCAGGACUGAAUUUAUUGGUGCCUCCUUAACUGCCCCAGGACUGAAUAUAUUGGUGCCUCCUCGACUGCCCCCGGGAUUGGAUAUAUUGGUGCCUCCUCAACUGCCCCGGGACUGAAUAUAUUAGUCCCUCCUCAACUGCCCCUGGGAUUGGAUAUAUUAGUGCCUCCUCAACUGCCCCCGGGAUUGGAUAUAUUGGUGCCUCCUCGACUGCCCCCGGGAUUGGAUAUAUUGGUGCCUCCUCGACUGCCCCCGGGAUUGGAUAUAUUGGUGCCUCCUCAACUGCCCCCGGGAUUGGAUAUAUUGGUGCCUCCUCGACUGCCCCUGGGAUUGGAUAUAUUGGUGCCUCCUCGACUGCCCCCGGGAUUGGAUAUAUUGGUGCCUCCUCGACUGCCCCUGGGAUUGGAUAUAUUGGUGCCUCCUCGACUGCACUGUGUGUCCAGAAUGGGAUUGGAAAAGCAUGGCAGAGACUGAUCCCUUUGCCCAGGGACUGACAGAUCUGUAAAGGCGACGUAUCAAGACCUGUCUCACCCUUCGGUGCCGAUGGGGCUGUAAUGUACGAGCUGCUGUUCUACAGUGAUGGAAACCAUGGAACGUAUGUUUGUGAUGCUCUGUUGUGCCGCCGCGUUCCUCCUCUCUGCAGUUAUACCGGUUCAAGGUUCCAAAGUGCUGGACAGUUUAAAUUGUUUUAAUAAUUAUUUCUCAUUGGUCAACUGUACUUGGACUGCCGACCGACCCUACGCGCAUCUUUUCAAUGUGACUUUAUACUCGAGUAUAGCUGAAUAUAAGCCGAGCACUCCCUGCCAGUCCCCCACACAGACCAACCUCACAUGGACAUGCUACUUUUCCAGGAGCUAUUUUUAUUACCUGUUAUGCGAAGAGUAUGCGUUAUUACCUGAUCGCAGUCUGGAAAUACAACUUAAUUUGACAGACAAAGACACUGGUCUCCUAGAGCAUCCCGCACCCAUAAUAUACAGCAGUGAGGACAGGUAUUUCCUUCUCUGGUCAGAAGCAAAUUCUGCUCUAGAAAAUCAAACACAGAACAUUUCACAGUGCGAAAGCCGACACAAGAAGAUCUCAGAAGCCUGGGAGAAAUCAUCGGUUGGCGAGUGCAUCGAUUCAUGGGGUGUUUUUAAACCAGAGCCAGGAGUAUUACAUGUUGCCAAAAUGAGAGUAAAAUAUAUUAAUGGCCAUUGGAGUAACUGGAGCUCGGAGGUUGUGCUUGAACCUAAACAGGCGGAAGACGAAGCCAAACCCCAAAACCUGCGCUGCAUGCACUUAGUUGGGCAAGUACUAUGUGUCUGGGAGUUGAGAGUGGAAGUAGCCGAUUUGGUGGCCUUCAAACUAUUCUACAAGCAGCUCAACAAGUCUGAUGAGGAAGAAUGUCAGCCCACGUGCCAGGCAGAGGUCCCCAAUGUUCCGUACAUUUCAUGUCGCUGCAGCUUUAAGAUGGGCAAUUUAAAUGCAACCAGUUGGCAAAUAAGUGUAAAACCAGGAGAAGAAAAAAAACCUAUAUUAGCGCGUGAUAACGUUCUUUAUGGACCCCCCAUUAACAUAAACGUUCAGGAAAAAGACCAAGGGCAGCUGUACCAAGUCAGAUGGAGCACAGAGACAAUAGAGCAUACCUUAAAAUCCCACUUUCAGAUCUGCUACUGGAGAGAAGGUCAACAUCCCAAAAAUGUGACAUUUCCUGACUGCCAGUAUGAGCUACAAAACAAAUCCAACAAUGAAGACAGGGUUCUGGGGCUUCGCCUUGGUAAGGAACUCGAACCCUUAAGCACAUACAACAUAAAGGUCCGUAUGAUCAUCAAGGAGUCGGAAAAGGAUUGCCCGUGUGGACCUUGGAGUGAGUGGAGCAAAAGCCAAACAUGGAAAACCAAAGCAGUUCCGAACCACAUGCUUCUGUACGUAAUGAUCCCUAUAUGCAUCAUCAUCCUCAUCGUCUGUAGCCUUUGUGGAUAUAAAUACAUGAGAAGGUAUAAGAAGAAAUGGGAAGAGAUGCUUCCAGACCCCAGCAAGAGCAACCUUAUUCUUCAAUUUCAGCAGAAAAGUAAGAAGUCCCAAUCAUAUUUAAACUGUACCGAGUACCACGCCUACGAGGAGCUGGCAGACAGCUGCAGAAUUAAUGACCCUAACACCAUCGAUAUGAUUCCCAAGGAAGAGAAGCGCCUCUCAACCUCAAGUGAACAAAGUCACCACAAUCUCAUCUACUGGACUCCUCCUGAGGUUCCAGAUGAAGAUGAAGCAUAUGAUGUUAACGAGACAACUCUCAUUAUAGAAUCGGGAUAUCAGCCAUUUGAAGAGCUGGUUUGUGAAUCACAAAGUGAAGCCUAUUCAAAAGAAGACUUUGCACCAUCUGAAGCCUAUUCAGAAGAAGACUUUGCACCAUCUGAAUGUAAUGAUACGAGCCAACAAAGUCAGUUUGCACCCAUUGCAUUUGAUGGUCCGUAUCUUUUCUGUUCUUGAUUUCGAAGGAGUUUGACCCAGUGAAUUGAAGCAUGUGAUGGACAAACGCUUUGCAAGAACAAUCCAUUCCUGCCAUGCCUGGUCUCCUGUUUGGAUUGUGAUACUAACCAAAAUGGUCUACAUAUCACAUUGCAGCAGGGAACUUACACUGGGGUAUCAGCUGACUUUUGCUUCGAUGUAUUAUUAAAAAGUAAUUUUGGUAA